AUGCCGCGUAUUAUGAUAAAGGGUGGUGUUUGGCGGAAUACAGAGGAUGAAAUUUUAAAGGCGGCUGUAAUGAAAUAUGGUAAGAAUCAAUGGAGCCGUAUAGCAUCUUUAUUGCAUAGAAAGUCAGCGAAGCAAUGCAAGGCACGUUGGUUCGAAUGGUUGGAUCCCAGUAUAAAGAAAACCGAAUGGAGCCGGGAAGAGGAUGAGAAGUUAUUGCAUCUUGCUAAGUUGAUGCCCACCCAAUGGCGAACUAUUGCACCCAUAAUUGGGAGAACGGCAGCACAGUGUUUAGAAAGAUAUGAAUAUUUACUUGACCAAGCACAAAAGAAAGAAGAGGGAGAUGAUGCCGCUGAUGAUCCUCGUAAACUUAAGCCUGGAGAAAUUGACCCUAAUCCAGAAACAAAACCAGCCAGACCAGAUCCUAAAGAUAUGGAUGAAGAUGAAUUGGAAAUGUUGUCGGAGGCGCGCGCUAGACUCGCAAACACUCAAGGAAAGAAGGCGAAACGCAAAGCGCGUGAAAAGCAGUUGGAGGAGGCACGCAGGCUCGCUGCUUUACAAAAACGUCGAGAGUUAAGAGCCGCCGGGAUUACAGUGUCGCAGAAGAACAAGCGCAAACGCGGCGUGAAUUAUAACACAGAGAUACCAUUUGAGAAGCGACCCGCACCCGGUUUUUACGACACCUCGAACGAGCACGUCGAUCCACUGGCGAUCGACUUCUCAAGAAUGAGACAGCAACACUUGGAUGGCGAGCUUCGACAAGAAAAGGAAGAAAUGGAACGCAGAAAAGAUAAGCAGAAGCUUAAACAACGCAAAGAGAACGAUAUUCCUAUGGGUAUGCUGAACAACGAGGAACCCAUAAGGAAAAGAAGCAAAUUGGUUCUGCCAGAACCGCAGAUCUCCGAUCAAGAAUUGCAGCAAGUCGUGAAGCUCGGCAGAGCGUCGGAAGUCGCUCGAGAAGUUGCAACCGAGAGUGGUAUCACUCUAUCCGACAGUUUGCUGGCCGAUUACUCCUUACCUACAAACGCGGCAGUAACGCCUCGCACACCAGCCGUCACGGAUAGAAUAUUGCAGGAAGCUCAAAAUGUCAUGGCUCUCACGCAUGUGGACACGCCACUCAAAGGUGGUUUAAACACUCCACUCAAUAAUCCGGACUUCACCGGUGUCGUGCCACCUACUAAUGUUGUCGCCACACCAAAUACGAUUUUGACAACCCCUUUCCGCUCGCAACGCAGCGACGGAACACCCGUGAAUACAUUCAACACACCGGGCGGAGCGUCGGUGCGAACGCAAAACGGCGUUUUAGCGGCGACACCCGUUCGCGAUAAGCUCAACAUUAAUCCGGACGAAAGCGCGGACGGCUCGGAGACUCCGCUUGUACAGACGCAAGCGAAAAGUUCGUUGCGCGCAGCAUUAAGUUCUUUACCAGCGCCUUGCAACGACUAUGAGAUAGACAUGCGCGACGAAGAGGUAAGCGAGGAGAACACCAGCAUGCUAGCAAACGAUAUGGUCGAAGAUCAAGCAGACAUUGAUGCGAGACAACAACAGGAAUUGAUAGAGGAAAGGAAAAGAGAAUUGGCACGCAGAUCGCAAGUGAUACAAAGAGAGUUACCGCGCCCUGUGGAUGUGAAUAUGAAUAUUUUAAGACCCUAUAUGGACACACCGUUAACUGAUUUACAAAGGGCGGAGGAAUUGAUAAAACGAGAAAUGAUCACGAUGUUGCACUAUGAUGCGCUGCAAAACCCGACGCAACCGAAUCGAAAGGGCGCCGCAAUGUCAUUGGCUCAGGCUCAAGCUUAUUUGGAAAUACAUCCAUAUGAUACCUUCGAGGAAAAUGAUCUUGUUGGUGCUAAGAAAAUGUUAAACGACGAGAUGGGAGUCGUAAAGGAAGGUAUGGCGCAUGGUGAAUUGAGCCUAGAUGCUUAUACCACCGUAUGGGAAGAAUGCUUGUCGCAGAUCUUGUACCUAGAGCCGCAAAAACGGUACACUCGCGCGACAUUGGCCUCGAAGAAAGAUCGAGUGGAAGCAUGUGAAAGAAAAUUGGAGGAAAAUCGUAUGCACAUGACCGGUGAAGCUAAACGCGCUGCAAGAAUGGAGAAGAAGUUAAAAAUAUUGACUGGUGGUUAUCAAACCAGAGCGCAAGUAUUGACGAAGCAACUGCACGACACGUGGGAACAGAUAGAGCAGGCGCACCUCGAACUAUCGACGUUUAAAUUCCUGCAAACUCAAGAAGAGGCGGCAAUACCUAGACGAAUAAACGGACUGAUGGAGGAUGUGAACAGACAAACAGAGCGAGAGCGCUCGUUGCAAAUGCGCUAUGCUCAGCUGCAAGACCAAUUACAAACGAUUCGACUGGAGCAUUCAUCUUAGGAGUGCAUUGCAAUGCUUGCCAAGUACGCGCGGUAAACUGUGCUGUAACGCGUAUGUUGCUUCACAACAUUAAAUAAACCAAUGUUGCGCAAUGCAGUUAAUCGCAUACGUCUUUGAUGGAAAUAUUUACUGAAAAUCUUAAUUUUAAAAUUUAUUAAGAUUCGUUAUGAUUAAUUAAAAUUAAUCAAAAUUUUUUAAAACUCAUGAAGAUUCAUUAAAAUUAGUAAAAUUUAUUAAAAUUUAUAAAAUUAAUUUCAUUGUUACGUAACAAUAAAAUAAAUUCUACAAAUUGUAAUGGAUUUUAUGAAUAUAAUGAAUUUUAAUAAAAAGGAGGAAAUUUCAAAGAAAUUUUCAGUAAUAUAUUUCCAUCAGGGAUGUCAUAUACAGCUUAAUAUACAGUAUAAUUCGUUGCAGAAGCAAGCACAUAUCUACAAAUCUUAUACAUCUUAAAAAAUACGACGUAUCUAGCAAAUAAUCUAGAUAAGUAUAUAAAUCUCGUGUUAUAAUAUAUUAUGCGUAAUAUGACUGCUCGCGCAUUUCACGAGUGAAGCAAAAAGUUGUAAAUUGUUCCUUUAUAUACUGUCAAAUAGAAGUCUCGCUCUAGAGCCUUCAUACACAAAUUGACCUAACAAUAUAACGUAAAACAUAUCAUAAGAAUUGAUCAAUUACGAUCAAAUGUUUAUAAAAAUGACUACUUACGAUUCGACGAUUCUCAGCGUGAUUGAUCAAUUCUUACGUUACUGUUGUGUCAAUUUGUGAAUUGACGAUUUGUGUGAAGGCUUUUAUCCUCGCUUUAUUCUAAUAAUAAAAAUUAUGUGUUUAAUAUUGUGAUGUAUCUAGAAAAAAAACUAAAAAGAAAACUAAAAAUGUUUUUUCAUCA